UGCUGUCGUUUGGCCCUCUGCCCGUCACUGGCGUUAGUUGAUAUAACGAGUUUUAAGCGAUUAAAUUUAAUAAACUUCUCUAAUGCAGUGAUGAUGGAUUUGUUACCUAAAUGGACACAUUCGUGGAUUUUGUUGUUAGAAUACCUGGUUUUAGUGACUGUCCGCAACACAGAUGCAGCGUGUCCUUCGCCUCCGUUCGUGCCCAACGCCUCGGUGUUGCAGGCGGCGACACAGCAGGGUAACCGCGUCACGUACAGGUGUGACGACGGCUUCCAGCUCGUCAACGGGCCGGCCCAGAUACUGUGUCAGGAGAACAACCAGUGGACGCAAGUCGAGUUUCACUGUAAAGCACCAGGGUGUUCCCACCCCACCCUGAUCCCGAACGCCAAUCCCCUGACAACGCACGAACGAUUCACCGGGGCGACAGUCACAUACGAGUGUGAAACUGGCUUCACCCUGGAGAAUGGACCCGCCGAGAUCGUGUGUCGCUCCUCUGGGAUAUGGUCGGAAGCCACAUUCCGCUGUAAAGCGGGUAUCACGUGUCUGCAGUGUAACGUGUUCGUGCGCGGCACGCUCAACACGUGCGACAACCCCAGCAUACGGACCCAGUGUUACGCCUGCUUGAAGACCCACACCAAAGUACUAAUGCACGACCGAUGGGGUCAACAGAAAGUUUCGGAAGUGACAUCACGAUACUGUGUGAUGGAUGUGACGUCAGCAAUCUACAAACAAGAAGGGUGUUAUAUCCAGCGCAAUAACGGAGGUUACACACAAAGGUGCUACUGCUAUGCCGACAAAUGCAACGGGGCGGAGAAUGUGACCUUCACAUUGACGACCGUUCUGGCGUGUAUACUCUCAUUCAUCAGUGCUACUUAUUGAGACUGAAAAACAAAAUCCACAAUAUUUUUACUGUUCUCAUUGGUUGUGCAGGGGAUGGAGGAGAAAAGAUCACAGAUGCCUCACACCUUCAACGUCAGCUGAGAAAACUGAUUUGUGUUUGUCUAUUAAGAUUCGUUUUGUAUUGCCAUUAAAUGGAUAUUUAUCACUUUCAAAGUGAAGGAUGGAAUUAAUUCUAAAGAUGAUGAAAAUGUGCAUGUGAUUUCGAAAAGUAGUGAUGUCUAAAUUGAAAUUAGUGAUGUAGAUGUAAAAAAAAUUCUAAAUAUGUGAAUAUGUAAUGUUAAAACUGUGAAAAAAAAAGAUGAAAAUAAUUACAAAUAUUGUUCUGGAUGAAUAUAUCUCUAGUUGGCUUUCACUGCAAAACUUCUAAUGGAUAAACGAGAGCCAUGAAGAUUCCCAUUGUGUCUAUGAAGUGGCAUCAAUGCAAAUUGUUGUUUUAUUAUUAAAGAAAAGGUAUAUACGUGUA